GUGUUAUUUGCUGACGAGGUCUGAUUACAGGCAAAAACACGAAUCCUCGCCUUUUCCUACAUCCCCAUCCGCCUCUAAGUCUAAAUCCAGUUCUCUAUCUUUCGGAAGCCUUCAAAUUUCAGACUCCCUCCAAUCCAGCACAUCCACGACCAUUCGAAUCGAAAUGAGCGCCAAUCCCGUUGAGCCUCCCGAUCCCCUAAAUUCUGCUUGGAUCCUACCUGUGAGCGCGGUCGGCAUGCUCCUAUGGUGUGUCAGCUACAUUCUCAUGAUCCGGGAGGGCAUCCGCACCAAAUCCUACUCGAUGCCACUCUUCGCUCUGGCCAACAAUUUCGCCUGGGAAAUAGUCUUCACACUCCACUUCGCUGAUACUCCCAUUAAGAACGCUGCAUUUCUUAUGUGGGCUGUCAUCGACGUGGGCCUCGUCUGGCAGACACUGAAAUACGGCAAGUACGAAUGGGAGCAUGCACCGCUCGUGCGAGACAACCUGGGGAAGAUCUUGUUCGGACUUACAUGCUGGUGCAUGCUGGGACAUUGGCUCUUUCUCGACUGGUGGUUCAGCAGGUUCGAGGAUCCGACGGAGUGCAAGUUCUGGGAUGGGGGGCUGUCGCAGUUGUUUAUCUCGGUUCUGUCGGUCAAUCAGUUGAUUACGCGGGGGCAUACAGGUGCAAACACGAUAGCUAUCUGGCUGACUCGAACCCUCGCAACAAUCCUCAUGCCCUACGUCCCACUCUUCUGGCGGACCUAUACCUGGCCAGAGACAUAUUCGUACGUUCAUAUGUCACUUGGGGUCUACCUAUGGUCAACUGCAUUGGUCUGCGAUCUUGUCUACGGUAUUCUGCUUGUUUAUAUUAGCAAGAGGGAAAAGGUGCUGCCAGAUGGUCGGAAGGUUUCUAUCUACGCUGAACAUAGAAAACCUGCAUAG